GUUUGUCACUCAUGCGCAAGCUCAGCUGACCAACCGUGCGGUUCUUUCGAUCAUUUAGACCAUACGUGACGUAUGGCGUGAUUGUUUUUUGAGAUCUGUACUAGCUAGCCAGCCAUUUUAGCUAUUUAACAACAACAGUGUAUUUGAACAUCACUACCUUACUCCAAGGACGAAUAGAAGUCACAGCUAAAAUAAUGAAUAUGUUACUAGGAUAAUGUCCCAUCACUGAAGAUGGGAGGCAGUGGAUCCAAGGUGAAAGGUGCUUGGCCAUUUGCUGGUUCAGGAGCUGGAGGUGAUUCAGGCAGUGAGGGGCAAGAAGACCAGUCUUUGACCCGCCUCAAAGGGACCAGAAAAGCAACCCCAUUUAUUUUCACAAGGAGGAGCUCUCUUUACUAUGAUGAGGAUGGGGACCUGGCUCAUGAGUUCUAUGAAGAGACUUUGGUGACAAAAAAUGGCCGGAAGAGGUCCAAGCUGAAGAGGAUUCAGACUAACCUCAUACCUCAGGGAAUUGUGAAGCUGAACCAUCCCCGGAUCCAUGUAGAUUUUCCUGUAAUCCUAUGUGAGGUGUGAAUCACAUUGGGCUGGUCUAAUGUGGAAAAGAUGUCAGUCAAAGGCUGCCCCACACUACAACUGCUCCAUCUUGAACGCUGGUGUUCCUCUGAGAAGAUGGAUGAGAUGUCUGACUACAGCUGUGGACACCACUGAAGCUAUGUUGCGGAGAGAAAGGGGAGGCGGAUAGAUGUUUUGGUGAAAGAUAGAGGAUAGAGUAAAAGUACUGCCUUUUGUGACAUGUAGAGAAGUGUGUGUGUGUGUGGGAGAGAAAGGUAACUCAAGAUAAGGGAAGGUUUAUGAAUUCCCACAGUACAUGUUGACCAUUUUAAAUUUUAUCAUAUCUAUGUCUGCCUCUGAUUGGAGCCAAGACCUGCACUAGUGAACUUUUAAUGUAAAUAAAAAUAAUCUGAGUUGGAAAUACUUGAAUAAAUGGUUUACCAGGCUAAAAGACUGAGGCAUCCCCUGUUUUUAUGAAGUCCACAUAUGGUUCACAGUCUGAGUUUUGUUCCAUAACAAUGUGGUCACAAUAUCGAUGGUUUUGUAUUCUGCGAUUUAAAGACUGAUUGGCUCAAUUUACUAGUCUUUCUCGUUACCAGAAUCCUGGGAAGCUGUCGGUGAAUAUAUUUUUUUCUCUCUGCUGUAUUUCAGUUUUAGGCACCAGGGGGCAGUGCUCUUGUACAGGGCCAGGGGUCAGACUGAUGUAAUUCCUCCUUCAUUCCUUCCUUUGAUGUUCUGCAGAGCAACUUCCUCUGAGAUGGGUUACUCUCGAAUGGGUGACAGUGUGUUUCCAGUUCCCCACAUUGUUAUCACUUCCUGGAGGUGCCUGAAGGCUGAUGAUGUAAUGUCCAGGAGUCAAGGGUCAAAGGGAAGCACGCAGGAUGGAGGGAAACUGCCCAUCCCUUCUCGUCCCUCACUCUCUCUUUGUCCCAUUCACACGCAUACUAGCAGGUGAGUCAGCAGAGCUUGGAGAACAAACAGCGGAACAGCAUCAACUGAGUGACCCCCCACAGGAUGAGGCCUCACCUCACUUCCAGGGUUUUUUGUCUAUCAUGUGCUCUCAGAUCCUCCACGUUACAUGCACCCUUUAGGCAUAUGCUUUGUUGGACUUUGCUUCUAACUAUUCAUUUAAAAGCUUUCAACCCCAGCCUGCUCUAAAUCUUUCCAUGAUCUUGGCAACAUGACAGCAUGUGGUACUUGGUUGGUUCAUUUGAGCCACUGCCAAUGGCCAUCUCAUCUGCCUCAAGCGGAACAUCUGCAUGCCAGAUGUCUGUGUCCAGAGUUUGAAUGCUACUAGUCCUAGAGAUACACCAUGCUUGCUUACAUGAACUAUAGGUUAUUCUGUAACACUUUAUAUUAUGGUGUAGCCUACUUACAAUUAUUUAUUAAGGGGUUUAAACUGUCAAUUAUAAGUGUAUAGAUAGUUUAUGAAUAUGUAAUGAACAUGUUUAAAACAUUGGUUGCAAUUGUAUGCUUGUCAUUUAAAUGUUUGGCCAAAAACUGUAUAUGAACUCAAAUGGUCCUGUGUGGCUCAAUUGGUAGUGUGGCUUUUGCAACGCCAGGGUUGUGGCUUCGAUUCCCAUGGGGGACCAGUACAAAAAUGGAUGCACUCACUACUGUAAGUCACUCUGGAUAAGAGAGUCUGUUAAAUGACUAAAAUGUAUUAAACUGAGAACUCAAACUAUAGGCAUGGCAUUCUCAGUAUGUUGGGAGGGUCUACGCCAGGCUUCCUCAAUAGGCGGGCCGCAGGUGAUUUCUGUUGUUGGAUAUUAAAUACUGUAAAAUCA